UUUAUUUUGUCUUUAAUGUGUUGUAUGUUACUCUCAAACUCCUACAACCUACUAGCUACUGUGGCUAUACAUUUUAAUUGGUGAUUAGUCGGUGGAUAUAAGUAAAUACAAACUGUGAAUUUUGUGAUAUAUCUCAAGAGAACAAAGUCAUGGAGGGUUUUAUCGAAGUCAAUGAAAUAUCAGAUUUCGUUUCAUACAUUAAGAGUAUUGAAUGGAGAGACCCAUGGCUCAUAGCUCUCCUGUCUUUUCAUGUACUCGUUACUUUUACCUGUUUCUCAACAAGAAAUUAUAGCAAUUUUCAAAUAAUCCUUUUCAUCACAUUAUUAUUACUCGUUUAUUUUUCGGAGAGCAUAAACGAAGUCGCCGCAAGGAACUGGAAUCUAUUUUCAAGGCAGCAAUACUUCGAUAGCAAAGGCCUAUUCAUAUCGGUCGUCUUCUGUAUACCCAUAUUGUUAAACUGCAUGAUAAUGGUGGGUUCGUGGCUUUAUCAAUCUACCCAACUAAUGACAAAUCUGAAGAAAGCGCAGCUCAGACAACGCCUCAAAGAAUUGAACAUGCACAGGGAGCAGCAACAGCACAUGAAAGCAGAAUAAGUAAAAAAAAUACUAUUAUUUUUUUAUAAAAUCGGACCUGAUAUUUCUAACAUCUAAGGCAGUUUUUGUUUAGAAACUCAACCUGUUCUAUUGUAAUUUUCGCGAUACUUUUAAAUUUGACGAAGAAUACUUUGUCCUAAAACUAUUCGCACACAUACUAACAGCUUAUUAAAUUCAGUCAAAAUAAACGUCAAAACGUUUUAGUGAUGUUUACGAUGGUUAUGUUAGGGCUAUGUGUUGCAUUGGAUUUUCGCAGAAAUGUAUUUUCUAAUUGUUAUAGAUAAGACCCUUAAUGGUAACGCGUUAGUUGUGCUGAUUUAUACUCUUUCAAUAAUUCACUAUGUAGGUUUAAGAUUUCGGUCCUUCGAGCCGGUAUACACACAUAAAGCUGUAAUGUUCUGUAAAUAUUAUGUUUUUUAGAUUAUUUAAUAACAUCUAUAACAUGAAGUCGAGAUGGCCCAGUGGCUAGAACGCGUGAAUCUUAACCGAUGAACGUGGGUUCAAACCCUGGCAAGCACCUCUGAAUUUACAUGUGCUUAAUUUCUGUUUAUAAUUCAUCUCGUGCUUUUCGGUGAAGGAAAACAUCGUGAGGAAACCUGCAUGUGUCUAAUUUCAUCGAAAUUCUGCCACAUGUGUAUUCCACCAACCCGCACUGGAGCAGCGUGGUGGAAUAAGCUCCACACCUUCUCCUCAAAAAAGGGAGAGGAGGCCUUAGCCCAGCAGUGGGACAUUUACAGGCUGUUACUGUUACUGUUACUAUCUAUAACAUAUAGAUCUAUAAAUAUGUAACUAAACAAUUAACGUUAUUAUUAGAAGUAUCAACGCGGAUUUUUUUUUUCUUUAUCUAAUAUUAUUAUACCUACUUCUCUUGAUUAACUCAAUAACGAAAGAGUAAUGUCUUUGAAAAUAAAAGUAUUUUUUAAAUAAUAAUAAUAUUUUUUGCGUCUAUUUAACAUUUUCUAAUAAAUAUAAAUUAAAUAUUUCUAGGAUUUCUCUUCUAUUUUGUACUAAAUUGGUGACAUUGUGAUGACUAUUUUUGUAUGUUCUACGUCAAUUAUUGUCAAUGGCCAUAAUAAGAUGUGCAAUAUUUAUUAAUUGUUACUAUAUAAAUGUUAAUAUAUAAGUUUAAUUAAAAUUGGUGUAUGUCCAUAAACAAUGUCAAGAGAAUAUUUCGUUCAAAUGCUGUAAGUUAUUAAUAUAACUUUAUUUUAAUUGUAAGUUAUAUUAAGUAAGACACCGCAUUCGUUUUAACUAUGACUGCGAGUUUUAAAUAAACUUCAGAACUCCAUUUCAGAAAAAUCCCUCUUUAUUUCAAAGAUAAUAUUUUAAUUAAAGAAUGGUAUUAUUGUUCAUAUUUCUGACAUAAGUUUUAUUACAAUAUAUUUUAUUAUACAAGUAAUUAAAACCAUAUUUUUUGUUUGGCAGUUAGGCAACUAAGACAUAAAAAAAAGAUAUUUUAAAUUUCAAAUCAAUGUCAAUAUUGUUGACAGUGACAGAUUUAUUGCUAUUUUUUUAACUUGCAACUCUCUCUUACAUAAAUUUCAUUCCAUGUUAUGAAAAUUCCGGAUGUUUUCAUAUUAUGGAGCUUGUUUACGUUUUGUCAUCUUCGUAAUGAAAACGAAUGCCGACGAACUUUAAAGGACGGAUCGGAUGUGAUAAAUUGCAAACAAUUAUGUACAUUUUUUUAAAAGCCGAGAUGGCCACUAGGCCAUCCAAUAGGUUAGAACGCGUGAAUCUUAACCGAUGAUCUUGGGUUCAAACCUGGGCAAGCACCACUGAAUUUUCAUGUGCUUAAUUUGUGAUUAUAAUUCAUCUCGUGCUUGACGGUGAAGGAAAACAUCGUGAGGAAACAUGCAUGUGUCUAAUUUCAUUGAAAUUAUGUCACAUAUGUAUUCUACCAAACCGCAUUGGAGCAGCGUGGUGGAAUAAGCUCUAAACCUUCUCCUCAAAAACAGAGAUGAGGCCUUAGCCCAGCAGUGGGACAUUAACAGGCUGUUACUAUAUGUACAUUUUUAUUUGAUCUUAUCGAAGUUAAGUCAAAUUUUAGAAUGAGUAACGUGAAAAUUAAAAAUAAACACAAAUAUAUAUCGUGUUUAAUUAUUAUUACGGUCAUUAAACACGAAUCUGAGAACGAACAAAGAAUUUACGAUUGCUUAUUACGCAAGGAGUUUUACUAUUAAUUAUGAACUAGUUUUGAGUGCGGUUUGGUUAAAUCUUGCCUUACUUAUAUACCUUGUGACUAACUCAUCUAUGUCGAAAUAUAUUUUAUUCUUUAUUCAAAUUUGAAAACGAUCAUAAUUAAAAUAUUAAUUGUCUUACAUCACUUCAUAGGAUUUAAAGAUACGACAAUCACCCUAGUACAAGGACCAUGUUUAGUUGAUAAUUAUAAAUGAUCAUUGACAGUUGUAAUCCAUUUUUUUUUUUUGAAUUAUGUUAGAUUUCUCGCGAAAUUAAUUAGAAUUCGUGUGAUUAUAGCCGUGCCGUGUACUUAAGUACUUUAUUCUAAUGCAUCAUUAUAUAGGUAUAUAUAUGAACGUAUUAUAAAUUAUAUUUUAUAAUGUAGACUUAUUAAAUUUUACUGUUAAAACAAUACAUCUUUAUUGUUUGUCUGGAUUCGUGAUAUUUGAAAAAUUAAUUGUAUUUUAUGUAACUAUUCGUUAAGUUUAAUUUUUGCAAUAAGCAAUUUGUUUUGAUUUCGAUGAAAAUUUUACACAAAACUGUGUAUAAUAUAAUAAUUACUAGUUCUAUUUUAUCCAUUCGAUUGUAUAAAAAAGUUGGAAUAUUACUUUUUUUUUUUUAAAUACACUGAUGUAAGUUACCAAAAUAAUAAUUAAUAUUAUAAAUAAUUAUAUAAUUCGGUGUGUAACACGUUUUGUAUGUGCCAUAACAUUCACUUUCAUCUUAAAAAAUGCAUAAAGUGCCUUAGUACACUUGCUACUUUUGCUAAACUAUAAAAUUGCUUACAAAUUAAAGGCUACACGUUAAUCACAUGUCGAAUCUAAACAAAGUAAUGCAUAUGACCAGCCCCGGAUUUAUUCCUAGGGGCCGCGCCAGCUGAGGUGCCCCAAAAAAAAAGAUAAUUUUGCUCUAACCGUAACAUAGAAAUGGCGAUUGUUCUUGAACUCAAUCGUAAUUAAAUUAAUACUCUGUAUUGCUUUGAGAGUAAUACUGUCAAGAGAGAAUAAGGACACGUGCUUGUUUGACUAGUGUUGUACUUCAUGGCUCUGCCGGGCACGUGUGGUUCACUAGAAUGGAAUAGUGAUGUAACGAAUUGUAGUCUGUAUGUACAUCUUAUGAUAUUCACAUUUGCAAAGCAUUGACUAUGAAAAUUUUUAUGUUAUUUUGUGUGAUAUGUAAUUUGUAAUACAAAUUUAAUAGGUAAGUGCUGAUAAUUCGAUGUAAACUUGCCUAAUAUAACGCAGUAUAGGCUGAAAUUGUUGAAUUUAAAAAUGUAGUCACUAUUUUAAAUUAAUGUAAGAUUAAUUCUUUAAGUGCAUUUAUUCGUAAACAGAAUGUGUUACCUAUGAAAUAUAUCAUCGCUACAUUGCUAAAAAGCCGAUGGACAUUUUAUAAGGAAUAUUUUUAAUACAUGUUUAUAGAUUAUGUUUUGUUAAAGAAAAAAAGUUUUUUAAAGCACAGUAAAUAUUUAAUUUCCCUGUAUAAAUUUGGUUUGUCUAUGUCUUCUUUUUAUAAGUACUGCGUUGAUGUAGAACACCAAAAACGAAAGUGUGAAAAAACUUAGUGUUCGAAAGCAAUUGAUUAUUGCUAAAAUAACUAAAAUAAUACGAUGUUAUUUUAUUUGUGUAUAUUUUAAUACAUUAAAUAAUGUAGACUAUCUCGCGUAAUGAAUAUAGCUAUUAAGCGGUUUUCACAGCUAGUAACACCGAGUAAAAUGUAUCGACAUGACUUAAAAUUAGUAAAUAAUACAACGGCUUUGUAUGUUAUUCAACUUCAAUAUAUUUAUGAAUUUUAUUGAAGUUAAACAUCUUUGAACGCGAUAAUAAAAAAAUCUAGAUUUUGAGUGCAACAUUUCAAUAUGAAAUGUUUGAUCGAAACGAGUCCGACGCAAAAAUAAAUUAGCUUUGCGCGACGACGCCUUGUAAAAUCAUUUAAUUCAUACGUCAUAUUCAUUAAUUUCUUUCAUUGAAAAUGCGACGGGAGAAUUAGACAUAGUUUGAAAAACGUCCAUUCUCGUUAUAUGAUUAACGAUGUGCAGUGAAGACUGAUUGUCAAUAACGAAAGCAUAUUGUUCUUAUAAAAGGUAGUUACGCAAUCUUUAUACUACAAAUACAUUUGAUUAUAAACUUUUUUUUUAUUACAAAUUGUUAUUCGAAAUUUGAUUCUUGAUAUACGAUUGUGUUGUGCUGUAAAUUUUGCCAUGUUUUACAUGGCAACUAUUUAAAAAAAAAUAAGAGUACUGUAUACCGAUUCUUAAUGUUGAAGGGAUUCAUUUCAUGGUUUUUGUUUAGAUGUAAUGAACGUAUGCAUAAGUUUUCUUAGCAUUCGAACAAUCGAUGUCCUGUUAUGUGAACCUGCUGUCAUUCAAUAUCAUUUCAAUAUUUCGGUUUCAUUGAUGUUAUUUCGAAGCGGAUUCGAAAAGAUUACUUUCAGUGACAUAAUUUUAAUCCUUCCACUCUAUGAUCUAGGAAGCAGUUACCGCCGUAGUCUUAUCGAGACAGGUCGAGCAUUCAGCUGUAAAUAAACCAAGUUAAGCCGAAAUAUGUAUAUAAUCGAAAUAAAUGUGUUUUUUUUUUUUUUGUAACUUUCUAAUCACUUUUUAUUUUAUUUAUGUUCUAUGUAUAAUUAUGAUUUUUACAAAUAUGUUAAUAAAACAUCACGUUUGCUAUAUCGGUAUUGAACUGGA